ACCUUUUUCAUCAAACACCCUCUCCCUUCUACUAUUAUUGUCGAAAUCAAUAUUAAUCAAAAUGGGGUUGUGCAAGGUUUCAUUGUCUCUCUUUUGCAUGUUGGGGAUAGUGAUGGUGGGUCAUAUGGCCAACGCUCAAGACUCACAUGCAGACUACGUGAACGGACAAAACGCUGCAAGGGCACAAGUGGGUGUUGAAAACUUGGGUUGGGAUGAUACCGUCGCUGCUUUUGCUCAAAACUACGCUAAUCAACGCAAAGGUGAUUGCCAACUGAUCCACUCGGGAGGCGGUGGAAAAUACGGAGAGAAUCUUGCUAUGAGCACUGGUGACCUAAGUGGCGCAGAGGCAGUGAAAUUGUGGGUCGAUGAGAAACCCUAUUAUGACUACGAUUCCAAUUCUUGUGUUGAGGGUCAGAUGUGUGGACACUACACUCAGGUUGUUUGGAGAAACUCCACACGCAUUGGUUGUGCCAAAGUUAAAUGUGACAAUGGAGGCACUUUCGUCACUUGUAACUAUUCUCCCCCUGGCAACUAUAUUGGCCAAAGGCCCUACUAGCUUCUUAAUUUCAUUCUCAUGUCUCCUCUCUCAAAGCGAAAUCACAUCGUGUAAUAUUCAUAUAUAUUCACAAUAUGAUUUUUCCAUUAUCAUAAUCAACAAAUUUCUUUAGGAUUAAUUUA